UUAGGGUCAGGGUUCGUAAAAAUUUUCCGCCAUAAGACCGAGGAUAAGCUCCAGAAUGGAUCCUGAUCUCUUCUAGGGCUCCGGCUCAUCGCCGAAAAAUGGAGCGGCGCGCCAAGAAGAUGCUCCCGGCCGUAUCCCCGCCGCCGGCUGUGGACUCCGCCGACUACUCCUUCGCCAUCGAGUACCAUGGCCCCCCGGUUCCAUAUGAGAUCCCCGAGGCGAUACCCAUCGAGAUCGAGCGGAUACCCGUCGCCGCCGUGGCCGCCCCGUCGGCGCUCCCCGACCCCCUCUCCCUCCCCGUUGUCCAGCCCCUCCCGUCCCCUGGCCCGCUGAAGAAGCCCUCCAAGAGCGGGCGGCUCGCCGCCGACCCGGCCGGCGCGUCACCUACCUCCGUCAUCGAGAACCACGCGGCGAUGGACCGUCUCGACUCCGUCGAGGUCUCCGGCGAGGUCGGCAGCUCCGGCGUGCUGGAGUCGGCUGGGUUUCCUGACCGCUCCGCGGAGCUCUCGGAGGGUAUUGGCAGCUCCGGCGCGGUGGGGUUCUCCAGCGAGCUCAAGGAGGGGGAGGGGUUCGAGGGUUUUUCGGAGGGUAUUCAUAGCUCCGGUGUUUUGGGGUUCUCCGGCGAGGUCAAGGAGGGCGAGGGUUUCGAGGGUUCUUCUGAGGGCACCGGCAGCUCCGGCGUGGUGGGAUUCUCCAGCGAGUUCAAGGAGGGCGAGGGGUUGGAGGGUUCACCGAAUGACAUGGUUCAUGGCAGGAUUUCGACGGAGUCGGCUCUCAGCUCGGAGUUUGACUUCCGGUCAUCAGCCUCGGGGGAUGAUGAGGCCUUUGAUACCCAGGCAAAGAAAGCUGUGCUCGUGACCUUCCAAGAUUCCGCCCAGUCUAGUGGCUCGGCUUCCCCGGCGAUUGGAUUAACUCCUCGAGGGAGGAUGGAGGAAUCCGGAAUGAGGGUACCGAAGGGAGCUUGCUACCGAUGCUUGAAAGGAAACCGGUUUACGGAGAAGGAAGCAUGCUUGGCUUGCGACGCAAAGUACUGUAAUGGAUGUGUGCUGAGAGCGAUGGGCUCCAUGCCGGAAGGGAGAAAGUGUGUUUCUUGCAUUGGGUCUUCGAUAAUGGAGACUAAGAGGGAGAAAUUGGGCAAAUCCUCCCGAAUGCUUAAAAGAUUGCUGAGUUCGUCGGAAGUCCAGCUGGUGAUGAAGGCUGAGAAAGACUGCGAGGCGAACCAACUAAGACCAGAAGAUAUCUGCGUGAAUGGGAAGAAGCUUACCCAAGAAGAGAUGGUUUUAUUGCAGAGUUGUCCGUGCCCGCCCUCUAAGCUGAAGCCAGGAUACUAUUGGUAUGAUAAAGUUUCAGGUUUUUGGGGACAGCAAGGACACAAACCUGACAAGAUCAUCAGUCCACAUCUGAAUGUCGGGGGCAGCAUUAUGCGAAAUGCAAGCAAUGGGAACACUGGGAUCUUGAUAAAUGGACGAGAGAUUACAAAAGUUGAGCUACAGAUGCUUAAGUGGGCAGGAGUUCAGUGUGCCGGGAAUCCUCACUUUUGGGUAAAUGCUGAUGGGACGUACCAGGAGGAGGGGCAGAAGAAUAUAAAAGGGCAGAUUUGGGGCAAGCCUACAAUGAAGCUGCUUUGUUCUGUUUUAUCAUUGCCGAUUCCCAGUAAGCCUGCAAAUCCUUCUGGUGAAGAACUGGAUAACAUGGUCAAUAGAGCUGUUCCUGACUAUCUUGAGCAAAAAACACUCCAAAGAAUUCUUUUGGUUGGGUAUCAUGGAUCAGGGACAAGUACCAUAUUUAAACAGGCCAAGUUCUUGUACAGAAGUAUCCCUUUCUCUGAGGAUGAACUUCAAGAUAUUAAGCUUAUGGUACAGAGCAACAUAUAUAACUAUCUUGGUAUACUACUUGAGGGGCGUGAACGGUUUGAGGAAGAGAGUUUGGCUGAGAAAAGGAAAAACCAGCAACUACGUUCUUCAGGCACAACAGGAAACAAGGAAUUAGACGAACAUGAUGAUACAACUGAGUACUCCAUUGGUCCAAGGCUGAAAGCAUUUUCUGAUUGGCUUCUCAAGGUUAUGGCUUCUGGUAACCUAGAAGCUAUUUUCCCAGCUGCCACUCGUGAAUAUGCCCCAUUAGUUGAGGAACUGUGGAAUGAUGCUGCUAUUCAAGCGACAUAUAGGCGUAGAAGGGAACUACCACUGCUUCCUAGUGUUGCCAGUUAUUUCUUAGAGCGGGUUGUUGAUAUAUCUAGAGUGGAAUAUGAGCCCACUGACAAGGAUAUCCUCUAUGCUGAUGGAAUAACUUCAUCUAAUGGACUAGCAUGCACAGAUUUCUUUUCUUCACAAUUGGCUGCUGAUGGAAGCGGCAAUGAUGAUGCUGAUCAGCAGGACACAUUACUGAUAAGGUAUCAACUCAUCAGACUGCAUGCAAAAGGCCUUGGAGAGAACUGCAAGUGGCUGGAUAUGUUUGAUGAUGUCAGGCUUGUUAUCUUUUGUGUUGCCCUGAGUGACUAUGAUGAAUACUAUGAAGAUGCAAAUGGAGUGGCUAUAAACAAGAUGUUGGAGAGCAAGAGAUUCUUUGAGAGCGUCGUUGGUCAUCCAAGCUUCUAUCAGAUGGAUUUUCUUUUGAUACUCAACAAAUUUGAUCUGCUGGAGCAGAAGAUAGACAUGACCCCGCUUACCGUAUGCGAAUGGUUUGACGACUUCGAUCCAGUUGUAAGUCGUCAUCAUUACAGCAACAGCCGCAGCAUCAACAAUUGUGCCACCAUGGCGCAGCAUGCCUUUCACUACAUUGCUGUGAAAUUUAAGAAGCUAUUUUGUUCUCUUACUGGGCGAAAACUAUAUGUUACACUAGCAAACGGGUUGGACUCGGAUUCAGUAGAUGUAGCACUCCGAUAUGCAAGAGAGAUCAUUAAGUGGGAGGAUGAGAGGCUGGUGUUCAGCUCCAGUGAAUCAUUUUACAGCACCGAGCCGAGCUCGUAUUCUCCCUAAUGGUUGGAGUGGAAAACUGUGUAAGUAGAUCAGCUUUUUCAUUUUUUUCCCCAGUAUUCCCUACACUGUACGUCUUUCAUGUGUGUAUACAUUAUUUGUAAUAGUGUAAUUAUUUAGAAAAGCUUCCACCUGCCCCUUGUGACCAUACGGGGAGAGCAUGGAGCGUCUUGACGGUUGUAAUAUGAGUACUUAAGUUGCCCAUCUCAGCAGAGUCCACACUAUGAGCAGCUUAAUGGACAUGGAUGGGUUAGAUGGCUCAUGCGAUUA